CGCCCUCUCCUGGGCGACAGCGCACAGGUGAAAGAAAGGAACAGAAACUGGAUCCGCAGGUUUCAGGAUUUGUCUAAGAUCACAAGAACCCGCAAAGGUCUGUGGGAAGUCUCUCCAGCUUUUUUCUUUUUUUUCUUUUUUUUUCUGGAGGGAGGAUCUUUAAACUUCACCGCGUUGUGUUUGGAAAAAUCCGACAGUGUCAACCCCGGGGGGAAGCACAAACUCUGCUCACUGAGGACCGAAACAUCACAAAUCAUCAUCGGUGGAACAACAAAUAAACAACAAGGGAAUAAGUAAACAGUAAACAAGGGCGGACUGAGAGCAGAUAAUGGAGCGAUACGACAACCUGGACCUGGAUCUGGAGUGUGAUGGAGGAGGCGUCGCUCACAAAGCGGCGUUAUUUGGUGGGAUGUUCAAAAGACCCUCUAAGGCUGCAGAACCAUCUGUCCAAGCACAGGACAGUUUAUCAACCAGCGGUGAACUUUCGAAGAGCAACGAUAGUCUGACAGACAGCAGCUCCAAGGAGAAAGGAGGCGUCUUUAAGGGAAUGUUUAAGAAGGCGACCAAAGCUGCCAAAGAGGGCCAGCCUCAGGACACCCUCUCAAUACAAAAUCCUGAACUGUCUGUCAGCAGUGACAGUUUAACAGACAACAAGUCCUCGAAGGAAAAAUCAGGUGUGUUGGGUGGGAUACUGAAACGAUCUCCUAAACCAGGACAUGCCCGGAGGCCUUCGCAGGAUCUUUUGGACAAUGAGUUCACAGCCAGUAAAGACAGUCUGUCUGAAAACACCACAACUAAAGAGACAGGAGGGAUGUUCAGUGGGAUGUUUAAAAAACCAUCAAAGCCUUUUGGAGCAAAGACGCAAUCUCAGGAUGAUUUGUCUGCACCCAGUGAGCUCUCAGGCAGCAGCGACAAUCUUUCUGUGAAUAGCAACACUAAGGAGACAGGAGGGAUGUUCAGUGGGAUGUUUAAAAAAUCCCCAAAGCCGUCCGGAGCAAGGACGCAAUCUCAGGAGGAUUUGUCUGCACCCAGUGAGCUCUCAGGCAGCAGCGACAAUCUUUCUGUGAAUAGCAAUACUAAGGAGACAGGAGGGGUGUUCAGUGGGAUCUUUAAAAAAUCCCCAAAGCCUUUUGGAGCCAGGGCCCAAUCUCAGGAUGAUUUGUCUGAACCCAACGAGCUGUCAGGCAGCAAAGAUAAUCUUUCUGAGAGUAACAACACUAAGGAGAAAGGAGGAAUCUUUAGCGGGGUGUUCAGAAAGAAAGUUGCCAAAUCUCAGUCUCAGGAUGAUCUGUCUGUGGAUACUGAACUCUCUGCCAGCAGUGACAGUCUCAUAGAGAAGUCUUCAAAGAGGGAUAAAGAAAAGACUGAACACUCAGGAGACUCCAGUGAGAAUACUACUGCAGAGAAACCCAAAGCUAAGCAGAACGGUUUCAGUGCGAUGAUGAAGAGCACGUUCUACACUGACAAACAGGAGAAGAACUCUGACUCUGACUGUGAGGAGAUAAUGGACAAUGGAGAGGGCCAGCCCGGUCACAAACAGAGUAAACUUGCUGAGGCCAUGACAAAGCUGAAUCCAUUUCGAUCUGCCAACAAACCUGAGAAGCAGGCAGGCUCAGAUGACGAGGAUCCACCUGCGAGCAGCGAGAAGUCGUCAGGCAGCAAACAGAGCGGCAAGGUUGGAGCCAUGUCCAAACUGAACAUAUUCCGCUCUGGAAAUAAAAGAGACACUGAAGACACAGAGGACGACAAACAAGUGGAAGAGAAGCCGAAAGUGGUCAAAAGCAACAUGAUCCAGCGAGAGAGGAAGGAAAGAAGUGAAACACCACCGGUUCCACCCAGACCAACUGAAGAGGAGAUGAAGGGGACAUCCACAUCUGACAAAGUAAAACCAAGAGGAACUGAGGAUAAUCAGGAUAACGUGACCUCCAGAGAGAAAAAAGCAAUAGCAGCAGAAUCUCCUGUAGUUCCAACCAGACUGACAGAGGAGGAGCUGAGCAGAGCAGCGAAACAUAGUCAGCAAAAGCAGAAGAGCAACCAUCAGAGCGGCAAGGUUGGAGCCAUGUCCAAACUGAACAUAACCCGCUCUGCAAAUAAAAGCCAAUCAGACGAUGAAGGCCUCAAAAAAGAUGAGAACACAACCAAGGUGAAAAAACACAAGCACCAUAAUCCGUUUAUGCUGCGUGCUGCAGCCAAGGCUCCGUCUGAUGAUGAAGGGCUGAAAGAAGAAGAUGAUUCUUCAUCAAAAGAGGAGAAGAAAGAUGAGGAGGGCAAAGACAAAACAGAAGAGACCAAAGUCAAGAAACCUAGGAGACACAAUCCAUUCAUGCCUCGAGGCAAGGCUUCAUCUGAUGAUGAGGGGUUGAAAGAAGAAGAGGAUUCUUCAUCCAAAGAGGAGAAGAAAGAUGAGGAGGGCAAAGACAAAACAGAGACCAAAGUCAAGAAACCUAAGAGACACAAUCCCUUCAUGCCUCGAGUCAAGGGCAGGCAGAAGCCGGACGGAGCUGCAGGCACAGCAGAGAAUGAAGAUGGCAACAGAUCCUUGUUUGACCGGCUGGAAGACUUCCGUAUUGAUCCAGCACAGCCUGAAGAUGGACAGGAUGUGGAGAAUCUUAUGGAUUGGUGGAACACAGUGGAGUCUUGGGAAGACACGCCUCAAGAUGAGGACAUGACAGAAAAAGAAGAGGCCAAGGCGUUUGCUCUGACGGCAGAGAAGGUGCAGAAGGGCAUUCGUGUCUUCAACAAACUGUUCUCUGAGCGUGCUGAGAGCCUCUGGCAGCACGUCAUCGACCUCAACAGCAUCGCUGACGGCCUGGACAAGUUCAGCAAGAACACAAAGAUCGCUCAAAUCACCGGCGGUUCUACCAGCGCCAUCGGUGGCGUGGCCACCAUCACUGGCCUUGCCCUGGCACCGGUCACCUUUGGAGCCUCUUUGAUUGUGACGGCGGUGGGAUUGGGUGUCGCCACGGCGGGCGGUCUCACAUCAGCAGGUGCCGGCAUCUCCAACCAGGUCAACAACUCGAUGGACCGCAAGAAAGUGGAGAAGAUUGUGCAGGAUUAUCAGGAGAAGAUGGUCGACCUCAACAAGUGCCUGACAUUCAUCAAGAAGGGUAUCGAGAACCUGAAGAAGUUCGACCUGAUGAAGAUGAAAGAAAGCGCCUACAACCGCGACUUCCCUGUGCUCAGUAGUAGCUUCUACGAGGACGGCGCCAUGGCAGGAAAGGCAAUCCUCAUCAACGCCAAUGAGAUCAUGCGUGUGGUGCAAAUCGCCAACGUGGCGGGCAGCACAGCAGCCAGAGCGGUCCAGAUCGCGAGCAUGGCCACUGGUGUGCUCACCGGACUCUUCGUAGGCAUGGACAUCUACUUUGUGGCCAAAGACUCCAAAGAGCUCAAGAAAGGGGCCAAGUCAGAGUUUGCUGCCAAAAUCAGGGAGGUCGCUACACAGCUGCACGACGGUCUGGUGGAGCUCAAUGGGAUCCGAGAGGAGCUGCAGUCCACCGCACCAGAAAACAAGGAUGAAGGCAAUGACGCAGCUCCUCUGGACAGUGACAAGAAGGAGAAAGAUGACAAAUAUGACAGUUCAGAUGAAGAUGAGAUCGACCGCAUUAAAAAAGCCAUUAAGAAGGACAUGGAGAGUCGAGAAUAUGUUUGAUAGAAACUGGAACAAAAAGGCCUGAAACUGUGCUUCAGCAUUAAGAUUUUAACAAUAGAAAGAUUCAAGCAUUGUCACUUUCUCAGUUCCCCUACAAAACUCCUCAAGUGUUUUUGAAAGUACCGACUCAAACCUCCAGCAUACUGGGGCAUUAUUAGCAUCUAAGAGGUGGUUGGUGCCACCAACAAAUGGAAAAACUGCAAUCAUUAUUACUAUGUUGAAUGUUCAAAGAGGGGUACUUCACUCUUGAUGCAAUACACUAGUUUCUAAAUCUUCUGGACUUUUCUUUUAAGGGAGCUGACUUCUUGAAUCUAAAACAGCAUUUACACUACUGGGAGGAACUGAGGUUUUGUGGCAGAUUAAGUAUCAGAUCUGCUUCUCUAGGCAAUUGUGCCAACGCCUAAAACUGCCAUGUUGUCUGUAAGAAAAUUGGAUUCAAAGAUUGAAUUAAAUCAUGUUUUUGGUUUGUACAGUUGUAGAUGAAUUAAAGAAACACAAUACUUUUACUGCAGGUGUAGAGAUUGUGAAUACUCUUAGGGAUUAGUGCCUUUAUUCUUUAUGAAGCAUUAGAGAUGAGAGUACGAUGUGACGUGGCAUUGUUGGUUACGUUGUUUUGUUUGGGUGUCAGAGCUGCACAAUCCCUGCUUGAGGUUUUGGAUCUGAUAUAGGAUGUUUAAAAGUCUUGUCUGGCUUGAUGACAUUGGUCUCAUUUGGACGAAUGAUAGUAAUAAGCUUUGUUUUUGAUUGUUUUCAUAAAAGAGCCAAUAAAAUGACUGUUGCACCAACUGUUUUAGUCUUACUAGCUGGUUUCAAACUAGUGAUUCACUAAAUUGGGUUGCACCAUUAAAGCUUAAGGAACGUCUUGGCUACUGAAGACUUUAGUAAGGUGUAAAUUGGCUGUUAAGAAACGUCUGUAGUGCCAAAAACAGGAGUUCACAAGUUCUAACAUAACUUAAAAUGUUAUUUGGUCAUUUAAAAUAAUUAUUAAAGAGCCUUUUUAUCAAGUGUCUGGUCAGAACCAUAUUUCAUAUUAUCUCAGUAUAAACCGGUGCUACAUAAGCAAGUUAACGUCAGCUUUGUCAGUUUGGUUCAGUUAGACGACAGUUACGCCUGGCGCCAGCUACCACAUCUUUUCAUUUAGUAGCAGCUAAUCUCUAUUUGAGAAAUAGUUUUUAUGGAGCAACCUGUUUUAAAUUAGUGAUCUCAGCUCAGUAAAAACUUUGAAGUAGAACCCGAGUGAUUUGGUAUUUUUGAGACCGAUGUGGCGGCUGAUAAUGAAAACAGACCUUUUCUAUGUGGAUUGUGCACAGAUAUGAUUAUGCAAAGGUACUCAGAACGCUGCUUUCUUCAAUAAAUAAAUAACUUUAUUAAAGAAUAUUUAAAUUAAAUAUUUAACAUGUGAUAACAUUAGCGAACUGAUUCAAUGGCCUGGUUCUACUUUGAAGUGCUGGUGCAACCAGCUCCAAACAAAUACAGCGAGGGGAAGAAACAUGAAUACCUGUCUGAGGAAAACUUGUAGAACUAAAUGGACUUCUGCAAGUUGAGAUUGUUUUUUUCAAUCAAGUCUUCUGUCAUUUUUGAUGUUUUAAUGUUUUCCAAUGGUUUUUAAUGGUGUAAAAUUGUCGAUUAUUAGAAAACUGGAGCGACACCAGACUGUAAAAACCAGUCAGGAUUGUGUCCGUCUGUCCUGGAAAGAACCGUUUGCUAUUUCUUUUAUUACUUCGUUGAUCUUUUAAAGCUCUGAUGAUGUCCGCUCCACUAAUGAACUUAAUAUUUAUUUCUCAGUUUCGUUCUGGGUGUUGUUCUUGCGAUGAUACCUUUUUUUUAUGUGCAAUAUGUUGUAGAACUCCAUGUGUAAUAAAUGUAAAAUUGAUAAUUAAAGACCAAGAGAAACA